CCAAUUAUGUCUCUUCCUUCCAUCGAACAAUUAAAUAAGACAAGCGCCGAAAAGUUUAUUGAAAGCGUGAAUACACUUUUUGAGACAGCACCUCCAUUAGCCAGUCGACUUUUAGACGCCCGUCCUUAUAGUUCUUACUUACAACUCAUCGAUUAUGCCCAAACCGUAUGUCUCGGCAAUCAACUCACCCAAGAAGAGAAAAUCGAGGUCAUGAACGCCCAUCCUCGUAUCGGUGCUGCUAAAACCGGACUCUCGGCAAGUUCUCUCAAGGAGCAAGGGUAUCAAUCUAAGCAAGAUGCUAUUUCUGCUCAGGACCAAGAGGUCAACCAUCAACUCUCUCUUUUAAACCAAGCUUAUGAGGACAAGUACGGAUUCAAGUUUGUCGUGUUUGUUGCUGGCCGUCCUCGUUCUCAAAUAAUUCCCAUCAUCCAGGCUCGUAUCGAUGCUGACAAUAGAGAAAAUGAACUUUUUACAGGUAUGACGGAUAUGAUGUUGAUUGCAAAGGAUCGCUUAAAAAAGGCAAGCGAAAGUAAGAUCUAAAAUAAAAAAAUAAAUUAUGAUACCUUAUCUUUGUUUAAUUGGUGACCUGUUUUCGCCCAUUAAUCUUUUUCUCUUUUU